CUGGGGACGACACCGAUGAAUGACGUCAGCGGAACGCCGGGCUCCGAUGACUGCACCAAUCAGAGGUCCGGAAUACGUUGGUCUGACAGGGUCGGGCAGACUGCCGCAGCAGGCGCGGCCGGCGGGCGGGCGGAGGUUGCGGCGAUGGACCCAGAGCCGCUGACAGUCCCGCAGCACGGCAAGUCACAGCUGAAUGCUGCUGCUGAAGAUAUGCAUCGGGAUGGAUCAGAGGCUGUGACCCUUACGGAAGCGGCAGCAGAAAAUGAGGAACCACUAAAUGAGGAAGAAGACGUACCAAUAGAGGAACAGAAACAGAGAGCCAGAGAUGGUGAUGCAAGAGCACAGACUGAGGUUGGUAAAUAUUAUCUGAAGCUAGCUGAUGAAGAGGAUGAAGAAUUGAAUAACUGUACAGCUGUAGAGUGGUUGAUCCAAGCUGCCAAACAGGGCAGGAAGGAAGCAGUGAAAAUCCUGAAAACUUGUCUUGCAGAAAGGAAAGGAAUCACUUCAGAAAAUGAGCAAGAAGUGAAACAGCUUACAAGUGAAAGUGAUUUUGAGCGGAUUGUGCGGAAGGCUACUUUAGUUAUGUACUGGAAGCUUAAUCCAAAGCGAAAGAAACAAGUUGCUGUUUCUGAACUCCUGGAAAAUGUCAGCCAGAUCAAUGCUGAAGAGACCAUGGCUGAACCAGGCCCUGUCCCAACAGUGCUGCAAAAAGAGAGACGAGUGCUUGAACGACUGGUCAGUGUUCAAAGUAACAAGGACAUGAAGGUAGAAGAUUUUGUUGACAUGACUAAGAAUUAUGCCAAGGGUAUUUUACCGUCUGGCUUGAUAGCCCAAGGAGAAGAUGACAGCGUUGAAGGGAAACCACCUGAAGAUAUGCCGUUGCAACAGAAGAUUCUGAAAUACCCACUUCAUGCCUUAAUGGAAAUAAAGGAACAUCUAAUUGAAAUAGCCUCCAAAGCGGGAAUGCAUUGGUUGCAGACAAUUAUUCCACUCCACCAUGUAAAUGCCCUUAUCUUUUUCUUCAUAAUUAGCAACUUGACAAUAGAUUUUUUUGCUUUCAUUAUCCCUCUAGUCAUCUUUUACCUGUCCUUUAUUUCCAUGGUGAUCUGCACUUUGAAAGUCUUUCAGGACAGUAAAGCAUGGGACAAUUUCAGGACAAUGACUGACCUGCUGCUCCGCUUUGAACCAGAUCUAGACGUAGAACAGGCUGAGGUAAAUUUUAGUUGGAGUCACUUGGAACCACAUAUACACUUCAUGCUCUCCGUGUUCUUUGUGAUUCUUUCCUUUCCGGUAGCAGACAAAAAUUGGAUUCCUUGUUCAGAGCUUUCAGUCAUUGCUAUUUUCUUCUUGAUAACAUCUUAUAUGAGCUUGAGUUCAUGUGCAGAGCCAUACACACGGUGGGCUCUCAUUACAGAAAUUUCAUGGUCAGUAUUGGGAUUCUUUCGCUCUCUUCCUGAUGGUUGGUACUAUCUAAAGGUCCUUGGGCAAGAUAUUAUAACCAUCACGAUAGGUAAAAACUUUGUACUGAAUUUAGGUCUGCCCUGUGUCUUAUACUGUUUCUUGUUCUACUUGUUCUUCAGAAUGGCACGACUGAGGAACUUUAAAGGUACCUACUGCUUCUUAAUUCCUUACCUUGUCUGCUUUAUGUGGUGUGAACUUGCAAUAGUCUUACUUAAGAUAUCCACAGGAAUAGGUCUUAUAAGGGCAUCAGUUGGCUACUUCCUGUUUCUCUUUGCCCUGCCCAUCCUCUUGAUAGGACUUGCAUUAAUGUUUGUGAUCCAGGUAAUAAAAUGGUUUAUUUCCAUGGAAUUGAUCAAGAUUAUUGUCACCAUUGUUUUGUGCAUUAUUCCUGUUGUCCUCCACAUGUGGACAAAAUCAACUGGCACCUUACUGGGCUUAGUCAAGUCUCUGACUAGGAGCUCAAUUGUAAAGCUCAUCCUGGUUUGGCUCACCGCCAUAAUGAUGUUCUGCUGGGUAUAUGUGUAUAGAUCAGAAGGAAUGAAGGUGUAUAACUCCACCUUAACUUGGCAGCAGUACAGCUUGGUUUGUGGCCCUCGUGCCUGGAAAGAGACUAACAUGGCCAGAGUUCAGAUGCUUUGUGGCCAUCUUGAGGGACACAGAGUCACAUGGACUGGAAGAUUCAAGUAUGUUCGUGUUGUAGACAUUGACAACAGUGCAGAGUCUGUGAUAAAUUUGCUUCCAUACGUCAUAGGUGAUUGGAUGAGGUGCUUGUAUGGCGAGCCAUAUCCGGAGUGUGAUUCCCAAAAUGUGUCAGUGGUUGAGGAUGACCUUUGUCGUCUCAAAUUCCUCACAAAGCACACCUGCCAUCUUAAAAGAUUUUGUCAUUAUAAGUUUGAAAUAACUGUUGGCAUGCCAUUUAAUACAAAUGGAAAUGAGGUGCUUGAAGAUGAUGCAACUAAAGAUAUUGUACUGAGAGCUAGCAAUGAGUUCAAGAAUGUUCUGCUGAACUUGGUGCAAGGAAGUGUGGUGGAAUUCAGUACCAUUUUGGAGGGCAAAUUGGGUAGUAAAUGGCCAGUCUUUGAGCUGAAAGCCAUCAGGUGCCUCAACUGCAUGUCGAAGUUAAUACCACCAACAGCAAGGCAGGUUAAAAUUGAACAUGAUUGGAGAGGCACAGUAAAGCAAGCUUUCAAAUUUGCUUUCAAUUUUUUCUUCGAGCCAGUCAUCUGUGCUUUAUAAAGCUCGAUUUUUGCCUUUCAAUCUAUUCUUGCUGUAUAAGCUCCUGCUUCCUUGAGGAGUAUGCUGCAGCACAUUUAUGCCACAAACCCGAACCUCCAACUCAUUGGAAUGAAUGAAUGCGCAUUAGGCAAUAAAAUGCACAUUACCUAGUUCAAUUUUAUUGUUAUCUGGACCAAUCAUCAUGGUUAUGUAGGAAAGGAAAGAAGAAUUACCAAUCUUUAGGAAGAGGUGCAGUCGACAUUUCGGGCCGAGACCCUUCGUCAGGACUAACUGAAGGAAGAGUUAGUAGAGAUAUGAGAGGGGGAGGGGGAGAUCCAAAAUGAUAGGAGAAGACAGGAGGGGGAGGGAUGGAGCCAAGAGCUGGACAGGUGAUUGGUAAAGGGGAUAUGAGAGGAUCAUGGGACAGGAGGCCCGGGGAGAAAGAUGGGGGAGGGGGCCUCGAGGAUGGGCAAGCGGUAUAGUCAGAGGGACAGAGGGAGAAAAAGGAGAGUGAGAGAAAGAAUAUGUGUAUAAAAAUAAGUAACAGAUGGGGUACGAGGGGGAGGUGGGGCAUUAGCGGAACUUCAGUUAGUCCUGACGAAGGGUCUCGGCCUGAAACGUCGACUGCACCUCUUCCUAGAGAUGCUGCCUGGCCUGCUGCGUUCACCAGCAUCUGCAGAAUUCCUGUUGUUUGUUGUUUACCAAUCUUUUUCUGGAUUGCAAUAUUUGGGACAUGUGGGACAUGUGCUUCAUAUGAUCUUAAGUGGCUGUGCUGCUACUAUCUACUCCUUCAGUCUGAGCUACUUUAAAUCAGAGAUUAGAUGGUUGUGAAUUAUUUUGAACAAGGUGCUUAAAACUGUUAACUAGUAAGGUACUUAUCUAUCACAAUGCAAAAGAGUUGACUUUAAAAAAGGCUAAAUAACAAAUCAUGUACUUACUAUGUAUGUUACAGUUCCAUAGAUUACUGGAAUGUACAUAUGUGGCCAUACUUAUUUACUAGAAAAUAUACUGUAAGAGGUCUCAGUGAAAUGGCAUUCUAAGCUUCCUCGGGUUUUGCCUUUGCAUGAAAUAAGUUUGAAUUUAAGUAAUGUCACCUGGUUUUAAAAUGCAGGGGAAGACUUCAGUCACAUUUAAAAGACAAAUUACUCUAUCCACACGAGGUUUUUAUUGAAUAAUCAUACUUUGCAUCACUCGUAUUAUUUUCAUCUGAAACUGUACUUGUAUAUUACUGAGAGAUCACUGGAUUCUAUAAAGGGUACUUAAAUUUGCAUUUUUAAUAGAUGGUAUAUUUUAUUUCUUGUUAGAGACCUAAGAUAAUAUGGUCAACCUAUGAUGUUGUACCAUUAGAGAUGCUCAGAGGUCACUCAGUUAUUCUACAAAAUUAAUUUGAGAACACAGAACUUGAAUGCCAGGAAUUUGAUUCCAUCACAGUGAGGAUAUGAAGAUCCACUUCUGUUUUUUAAAAAUACAUGUAAUGAGCUGGGAAAUAUUCCUCUUCCCUCCAAAAUCUGCCAGACAGGUGCACUGUCAUGUAACAUGGGCAAAAUAAUUAUAGCAUACCUGUUGUUAAGCCUUUAACCAAUAAAUGGAAAGCUGUUUUUAAAUUUCAUUGUAAUAUUCUCUGAGCAUAGGAUUUUGGUGAUGACCAAUGAAGGAAUAGGUUAUGAUUAACGAAUAAUUGGUCCAUUCUUGGACUUAGCACCUUAAAUCUCAAAUGACUGAGAAAUUGACCAAGAUUUGGGCAUUUAUAAUGGAUAGUUCAAAAACUGUUGGUCUCAGUAAAAUUAGUUUACUACCAUCUUGGUUUGUGCAAUUAUUAAUUGGAUCUUAUGUGAGUAUUUUAAUCACCUUUAAUCAGACUUCUGGUUCAUGAAACUUAUUUGCCUCUGACCAAAUAGUAUAAUGUAUGUGUACGGAAAGAUGCUGCUGUUUGCCAGCAUUAUGCAUUGCAUAAUCAUGUCAAUCAGUGUGAGGUGUUGAUUUCCAAAGAUCAACCUUUCAAACUUUUGUGAACUAUUAUAAAUGUUUAAAAGCUAAAUAUGGUUGAAAAAAAAAACAAAUGUUAAGCCAUUUGAUUUUAUAGUUUCUAAAUAGAAAAUCAGAAUUUAAAGGAGAGUUUUAAUCUUCCAUUACAGUCGGAGCAUUACUUUGAACAUUACUUUCAAUAAAGCCAGCAAUUUUCACUGGUUUUAUGAAAACCCUUUUCUGUGUAAGACGAGGGGGAAGAGUAAAAGAUAAGCUAGCAUGGGAAGUUGUUAACUACUACAACAAGAUACUUGGUCAUACAUUUCUGGUUCUAGAAGUAGUCAUAAGUAAUAGGGUUAGCAUAAUGGAAGUGGGGCAAUAUUUCGUACGAGCACUUGGAUGUUGCAUUCAGUAUGAUUAGAUCUAUCAUACCUCUGCAGGGAGACAUGAAAUGCUGAGAUUAAAUCACAAAAUUAUAUAGCUGAACUUAAAGUAAUAAAAUUCUUUUUUUCAUAAAUGGUACUUUUAAACUAUUUCUGUAAUGCAAAUUCCAAAUCAACAGAAGACUACACUUUUGUGAAUGGAUUUGGCAUCUGUUUGUCCGACACUAUUUUGAGUUAAAACAUAAUUAAAAGCUAAAUGCAUGCACUGUUUCCCAACGAAGGCUUAUAAUUCAUGACCCUUUGUAAUAAUUUAAAAUGUUUCUUAACCUAAUUAGUCAAAUGCUUCACAGGAAUUGAAUUUGUUUCAUGCUGCUUUUACUAGAAAUCACAGUUCAUUGAGUAAUCAGUUUUUACUUUGAAGUGCCUGAUGCUGACCUUUCAGUGUGGCCCUGUAACCCUGUUAUUAAGUAUUCAUCAGUUUAAACAGGAUAGAGAAGCAGACAAUACAUUUGGAGUAAUUUCGUUGAAGUGUUACUUACUGUUGUAUAAAGAUCAACACUAAAUCCUGAGAAAUAAAACCUGGUGCCUAUGGAGUUAUCAUUGAACUGAAUUUUUUUUUAAUUGCAAAAGUCUUACAUGAACUUAUGUUCACUAUUGAUGGUUAUUUUCUUAAGCUUUAUCAUUUAUUUAAAAUAUUGUGACAGUACAUAUUAGCUUGAAUUACAUCUGCACAAAAACUGGUAUGGGCAUUGUAUUAAUGCUUGUACGAUGUAUUACCAAAGAACCUUAAACUUCUGUUAUUCUUAAAUAAAGGUACUUCUUG